AAACACUUCUGCCAAAAGGAUGCGUGCAUUUUCGUACGACACAUCGGGGGGAAUGUUCGCGUAGUAUCGUUCCGUGAAAACUAGCGAAAGCGAAGCCUUCUUUGUUCCACUAAUUCCUUUGAGAGACCGAAAAAAUCCACAUUCAUCGUUCGCCAUGGACAGGAGAAAAAUGUCUACAGCAGGGGAUUCCCUAUACCAGAUUCUGGAAAUUCAAAAAACUGCUACUACAGAGGAAAUUAGAAAGAUGUAUAGAAAACUGGCCUUGAAAUAUCAUCCAGAUAAAAAUCCUAAUAAUCCAGAGGCACUUGAAAAGUUUAAAGAAAUAAAUAGGGCACACGCUAUACUGACAGAUCUAACAAAGCGUAACAUAUAUGAUAACUAUGGAUCUCUCGGUCUGUACGUCGGCGAACAGUUUGGCGAAGAAAAUGUUAACGCUUACUUUGUUGUCACCUCUGGAUGGUGCAAGGCAUUGUUCCUGUUUUGUGGACUUAUUACUGCUUGUUACUGUUGUUGCUGUUGUUGCUGCUGUUGCAAUUUCUGUUGCGGUAAAUGUAAACCAACUCCUCCCGAGGAUAGCGGUGCAUACCAUAAUUUACAGCUGGAAAGUAUGUCAGCGGAAAAAGAAUAUUUUAAUAAAUGUCUAAUUGCAAAGACAAGCGAUUUAAGGAGACCGUUAAAUAUAAUCAACUUGUACAUAAAACGGAACCCGAAUCCAGAGGCAAAUGUUGUGACAAAUCAACCGCGAGGUUUUAACAAGGAAGAAGAGAGUGACGACGAUGCUGUGACAGCUCAGCCUCAAAGUGGUGCGUCGCAAAAUGCAUCGAGUACACAGCAACCCAUAUUUGCCAUGCCCGCGCCAGGAUCAGCGGUUCCAACGUCAACAGUUAACGAAAACACGAAUCUAAACAGCGGCAGCGAACGCGUAAUUUAUACCACUGGUUAAAUGUGGACCACGAUGCAAAUCAUCAUCCAAUCGUAAUCUCAUCAGCUGCCACAAAUCCGUUCAUAGGAGCCAAUGCAGCCACAAGUGACACAGGACCAACCAGAUGGUAGACUGUACAUGUAGAAAAGCCAUCAUGAACUCUGAAUUAUUCAUAUUUAUAUAAUAAUGCCGAGUCUAUAAAAAUUCAUUGACGUAGAUCAUAAGUUCAUUUUUUUGUUUUAAAGUGAAUUACGAUCAGUUUAAACAUUGUGACUUCUUUUCUGGGAAAAAGAAGUCACGCGAAAUCUUCAUGAAUAUUUAGAUUAUAUAAUGACAUUAUAUUCAUUCAAGUCGACUCGAUGUAUGGAUACAUAUUAUCCUGUGUAAUUUGAGAUGAUCUUCCGCUAGGAAACCCUGUGCGAUUUUGCAGUUCUCUUUCUUACUCGGAUGAAGAGAUAUGCCUUAAAUACUUCGAAUUUUUCGAACUUGUAUUUAUAGUUCGAAUAUAUCCUUGCAUCUAAAGUAUUUUACCUUCUUUUUUUUCAUUUUUGUUCCAUGGUGUUUUCAAAAGGUUGACAUGUUACAUGUGAGUGAAAAGCGAAAUAAGAUGGAGCCUUGACAAGAGAUAUACGAGUUCUAUCAGAACGUGGAAUUACUCUGUUAACUAAACGAUAAUCCUCUUUUACUUCCCUCUAAAAUAUUUCUAUGGCUAUUGGUAUUUUAAUCUGAUUAUUCGUCUCGUGAAUCAAAUUCUAAGUUAAUGUAAUAUUCGAUGAAUAUAAUGAUUAUGCAGAAUGUAAAGAGCUCUGGGAGCAUCAAUGGUACGAACGUAUUUUUCGAUGAAUUUCAAAUCGUUCGAUGAAGGCCUAAUUUCCUGUGGCAUUUAUUUAUUUACUUGGAAUGUGGAUAAAUAAAUCUUUACCUUGAUUUGAGAAAACACUUUAAUUUGCCUUUAAUCUUGAUGAUUAAUAAUUAAUAUAUUGGAAAGACUUGCAUGUGAAAGGCACUGCAAUUUUGAGCAAGAUAGAAUCAAUAGAAAUUCAUUUGAAAUACGAUCAAUACGAUUGACUCCUCCCAUUUUGCGAUACAUCUUGUAUAUUAGUUGUUAAUAAUGUUAGAGAAUGGAAUUCGCGCGUGAAUAAUCUAUACUAAAAUAUAUAACAACUCGUUGCGAUGUAACAAUUAUCUUUUACAAAGUACAAGUUUCGUGUGUUAAAUCUCGUAUUGCGCAGCUGUGACAAUUAAACAUCAUGUAAGAAUGAUAAAUGAUACUAAUUCAAAAAAUUCAAACUCAUAAUUUUAUUUACAUAUUGUUUUCUUCAUUUAACUCUACUCUUUGUUUUUAUUUUAUUUCAUAAUCGUCGAAGGACUACAUUCUCAUCGUAUAUAUACAUGAAAAUUAGAUUAUUGAGAGUUCUCGAUUUGGCGUUUAAAUAUAUAACAACUUUAAUAUGUAAAGUUACUUUCCUUGAAAGCAACUCUUUUCGAAUGAAUAAAGUGAGUAAAAUCGUAAUGUAAAAGACAAACGGACAUUGCCUUGGUCAAUAAGAUCUCGCAUUCUUGAAGAACAUUUCAUCUUUCCACAUUAAUCCACGUUAAUCACUUCGGAAUUGGGAUCUCUGGAUAUUAGACGCAGAAUGAUCCGCACAUAAUUCACUCAUUAUUGUAAUUUAAUAACUUGAUAUCACUAGAUAAGAAUCGUUUGGAUAAAACUUAUUCAAAUUGGACUACGAAGAUUAUUACUGGAAACAGUUUCACACACUCUCGAUGUCUCAGAAUUAUAUAAUUUGUCGGUCAUACUCAACACAUGUUAUAUCAUCUAUUACAAAUGGAGAUGAGAGAACUGGGACGCUCUGUAUGCUGCAACAUUGUUUACAAAGUGAGACGUAUUUGCAAACGUGACAUUUUGUAAAAAGUAUGAUGAUGAUCCCAUGUAUAUCACCAGUAUAUCGCUAUGUAUGUAUCUAUCAAUUAAUCUGACUAUUUACGCUGUAUCGAUUAAAUGGUACUGCACAUUUACGAUAAGCGAUUUCUUUAUAAUUAUAAAUAUUUAUCCGUAUUUUCCAACCGUGUAAAUGAUAAUGAUGAUAAUGACGAGUAUCGUCGACACUUGAAAAUAUUUCCAGGAGUUGUAAUACUUACGAUGUGAAGGGUAAUAUCAUAUGUAUCAUUUAUAUAUCAUGUCAUAAAUGUGUGAUAAACGAGUUGAAUGUACGAGGCAGUCUUAAUUUUUCGUAGCGUGUGUAUACAAAUAUUUACGAAACAUUUCUUUGGGGCCUACUUAAAUUCAAAGAUUUUCUUAAUUAUGUUAAUUAUAGGUACUUAUCUUGAGAAAAAGAAAAACUUUUAUUUUUUUAUGCCUAUUAAUUAUAUACGUCAAGUUGUCAUGAAGUCUUCAGUUGUAGAACUAUUUAAUUGAACAUUUCUUAGUCAGUAAAUGUGUACGCAUAUUUAUAUAGCAAUUCAUAUUUAUUUAUUCCUUAAAAAUGAGAGUUGGAAGAGAAGAAUAUGGGUAAUUAAUCUUCACAGUCUCAUAUUAGAGUAUCCCAUAUUAUUUCGCUAGUGCUAUUUAUUAUCAAUCGCGAUGCGAGAAUCUGACAGAGAAAUCAUUCUUCGUUCGUAUUCUGUCGAAUGUUUGUUACACAGAUUAAUACUUUUGUGAUAUGUGAAAAAUUUUGGAUAGACGAAAAGUCGAUUAUAAAACGCAGGUAUCUGACUCUUCCAUUUCGCGCGGAUCGCAAAAGUCCGUGCAACGUUCAAUCAACAUGUAAGAAAUGUUAUAUGUAUCUGAAAGUUCAGAAUGUUAAAUAUCUAUACACUAUAUUUAGUUGCCCGUUUCGUCGGCAAUGUCUCCAAUAAAAUAAUCGCGUAACAAAUGUUCUGCAUAUAUAUUAUGUAGAUGUAAUUACGUUCAUUGUAUAGCACGCUUCUAUUUAAUGAUAUUCAAUGAUAUUCAUAUACUAUGUUCACGCAUAAUUGAAUACACGUACAAGGAAUUAUUAUAAUUGAACAUGUACUUAAAGUGGAAGAAACAGAAUUACUGUAAAGCUGACAUUGUACAACAAAUGUAAAUAAAUUAGAUCGAACCAAAGUGAACAAUAUAUCAUCUAAUC